GUGCGGGUGCGGAGUACGAGUGCUCGAAUAUCGAUUACUUCCCGAAAGAAGAGUACAGCCCCGAUCCGAGCGACUCGACCAUGGCCAUACCCUAUGCGGUGACAAAGUCGGCUAUCUUCUUUUUCACGGCAACGGCUCUGCUCGUCGUCGCCGAGGUGUGCUACUUCGCCGGACAGGUGACCAGGCCCAAGCCCAGUCUCUACAUCUUUAUAGCCGGCAUCACUUUUAUCGUAUCAGGUCUCCUGAUGCUGGUCGGCAUGGUUAUGUACAUAUCUGUGUUCAAAGCCGAGGUGGGCAGCAAAUUGCGGCCCCGUUCCUCGUUUCACGGGCCACCGUUCGUGUACCAGUACGGCUACUCGUUCCUCCUGUACGUGAGCGGGUUCAUCGGUACCGAGUUCGCCGGCACGACGGCCAUCUUCCUGCACAUCUCCUGGCAGCAGCUCGAGCUCGCCCGCGAGUUCUCCAAGCGCAAGUACCCGAGCCAUCACCACCACCUGCACAACCACCACGGCCAGGUGAUGUGCCACCAGGUGUCCCCGCAUUCUCACGCCACCGGCACUGGCAUCCCGUAUGGCGGCUACCUGUGCGAGAGACACCAGAAGAGGUACUUUUACGAGACCGGGGCCGAGCCGAUCAUCGGGCCCGGUUGUCACCUGCACCACCACCACCACCACCACGGCCUCGAGUACGAGGAGUACAUGCAGACCCCCGGAUCCCACCAGCCGAACGCCCUCGCCGACUGCGGACACUAUCACCACGGCAUGACCCACGACCUCACCACGGAGACGGUGAGCACGAUAGCGGACGCCCUGCAGGAGGAGUACGCCCUGCAGCAGCGCGAACUCGUGACUUUCGAUCUCGGGGAGAAUUUGCCACCCCUGCCCGAGGCAGUGAGGAACAGCGGCUGGAAGUCGAACUCGCUCAAGAGAACCACGCCGGUCUGAUAUACCGUCAGGUACGCGAGGCUGGUGCAAUUCGUCCAGUCGAGUGACGGGGAGUCCGAGUGCGAGGCCGA